UCAGCUGCCACUCCAGGCCUGCACACAUGGGAACUGAGACUUGGGUCUUUGGGAAUAAUAGGAUCUAGAGUCGGACAUUUGGUUAGGUCCUCCCGAACUGCACAUCCCAGAAUAGGGCAGGCUUUCUGUCGUCCCCUAAAGGUUGUGAGAGAAUCCGAGACCAGGUUUGGGCACGUGCUCUGCAGGGCGAAAGUGGUAUGUUCCGAAUAAGUAGGGAUAAAUGUUUAUCGUUCUCUGUGUGUUGAGCGCUGUACUAGUCUCUGGGGGAUUCGCUGCGGGCAAGACAGACGUGAUCCCUGCCCUUAAGGAGGUCAGUUAUACCGUAAAUGCAAUGGGAAAGAAGGUAGAUUGCUGGGAAACACUGUAACAGGGAGACAUGACCCAAGUUCAGACAGCAGAGAAGACCUUCUUGAGGAAGUGAUUUUCAAACUUAGACCAGUUAAAGCGCAGGAAGGUGAGUGGAGGAAGAGCAUUUCUGGCAUUUCUGCUUUUGCAGUUCCUGAAAUGAAAAACAACAUAUUGUAUUAUAGGAACUGAAAGAAGACAUGGUGGCCAAAACUCAGAGAGAAAUGAGAGGUGGAAAGUUUGCAGAUGUAGCUUUUGAACCUCAUACAAGUUGAAUAAGAAACCCAAAGCAACAAACCUAGGAGCUACAACCUGGGAAAAGCAACUAAAAGGAAGAAAAUGGAAGGAAGAUCAAGCAUAUAUGAAAUCCACACUCCAGUUGUUGACAAGAAAAGGAAAAAGAAAAAGAAACAAUACUCAGUAGAUAAGGAAAUACAUCAGAAGUGUUCCAGUAAAAGUUUCAAAGAUUUCUGCCUGGCAAAUGAACAGUCUCAAAUAACUAAGAGCAAAAAAAAGAGAAAAGAUAAAUACUAUUUCAUUUCUUCUCCUGUGAACAAAUCAGAAAUUUGUGACCAGACUGAAAAGGCCACUUUGACACUCAAAAAGAAAAAAAAGAAGAGAAGAAGUGCUUUGGGAGUAGACAAGGAAACGGAUAUUACAUAUGUCCUUGUGGAUAAAGAAAAUAUUGAGAACACACCAAAGAAUUUUAAGAAGGAUGUCGAUGUCAUUUAUGUUGAUAACAAGGAACAAAAGUCAGCAAAAGAGCCUGAAGCAAAUGAACUGCCUUCAAGUCCUAAGUCAUAUAAAAAUGAGUCAGAAGAGCUGCAUGAUAAAGUUAGGAGAAAAAAGCAUAAAAAACGUCAGAGGACAGAAGCAUCCUGUGAUACCCAGGAAAGCCCACAAUUGAGCAUUGCCUUGCACCAGUCGGAAACACAGGAGCAGGAAUCUUUGCUUUCUGUGGGCCUGCAAGGGGAAAUUGCAGAACUCUCAGUAUCUGCUGUUAAAAAAAAGUCUAAGAAAAAAAAGAAGAAGAUUUCAAAUAACCCAGAGUUUGAGGCAUUGGCCAUGCCUGAGAGUCUUGAGAACUUACGCCCUGAAGGAUCGCAGGUGAUCAGUGAGAUUGAUACUGUAGAAGGCAGUGAUGCACUUAAAGAGAUCAGGGAAUCCAACAGUACAAAGACAAAGUCUAAGAAAAGGAAGCGAAGGUCUGUCGAAAGUGCAGUCGAAUCUGGUGCUAAUUUUUCAGUGCUCGAUGAGAGCUCUGAAAAUACACGCAUAGAUCUGGAAGGUGGUGAUUCAUUGGCAAGUGAGGGUGCCUUGAUUGAAGAAAUUGUGAAGCCCAGGACAAAAAGGAAGAAAAUCCAGUCCUGUUCAGAAGAGAAGUAUGUGGAAGAGGUGCAGAGGUUAGACUAUACAAAUGAAGAAAGCAAUUUGGAAUCAGGUAGACAUUCUGAAACAUAUUUGUCUGAUGAUUCAAGAGAUUCAGAUGAUUCAGAUGUGGAUUUGGGUUCUGCUGUGAAGCAGCUACAGGAAUUUAUUCCUGAUAUAAAGGAAAGGGCUGCCACUACAAUUAAGCGAAUGUAUCGGGAUGACUUCGAACGGUUUAAAGAAUUUAAAGCACAAGGUGUUUCUAUUAAAUUUGGCAAGUUUUCCGUAAAGGAGAAUAAACAAUUAGAAAAAAACGUACAAGAAUUUCUGUCCCUGACAGGAAUUGAGACUGCAGACAAGCUGCUGCACACUGACAGAUACCCAGAGGAGAAAUCUAUGAUCACCGAUUUAAAACGAAAAUAUGCAUUUAGAUUGCGCAUUAGCAAGGGCAUUGCUCGGCCUUGGAAACUAGUAUACUAUAGAGCAAAGAAGAUGUUUGAUAUCCAUAAUUACAAAGGCAGGUAUAGUGAAGGAGAUGCUGAGAAGGUAAAGCUAUACCAUUCCCUCCAUGGAAAUGACUGGAAAAAGAUUGGUGAGAUGGUGGCCCGGAGUAGCCUGUCUGUUGCCCUGAAGUACUCCCAGAUCAGCAAUCAAGUAAAUCAUGGUACUUGGAGUAAGACGGAAACCCAGAAACUAGUCAAGGCCGUUGAACAAGUGAUUCUAAAGAAGAUGUCUCUCCAGGAGUUAAAGGAGGUAGAUUCUAGGCUCCAGGAAGAUCCUGAAGGCCGCCUGUCAAUCGUUCGGGAAAAGCUCUACAAGGGCAUAUCUUGGGUAGAAGUAGAAGCUAAAGUGGAAACAAGAAAUUGGAUGCAGUGUAAAAGUAAGUGGACUGAAGUUUUAACCAAAAGGAUGACUAAUGGUCAGCGCGUAUUCCAGGGAGUCAACGCCCUGCAGGCUAAAAUCAACCUUAUUGAAAGGUUGUAUAAAAUAAAUGUGGAAGAUUCUAAUGAAAUAGAUUGGGAAGAUCUUGCCAGUGCCAUAGGUGAUGUUCCUCCAUCUUUUGUUCAAAGUAAAUUUUAUAAGCUAAAAGCUACCUGUGUUCCCUUUUGGCAGAAAAAGACUUUUCCAGAGAUUAUAGACUACCUUUAUGAGACUAGUCUACCUUUGCUUAAAGAAAAGUUAGAAAAGAAGAUAGAGAAAGGCACGGAAAUCCAGACUCCUGCAGCACCAAAGCAAGUCUUCCUAUUUCGAGAUAUCUUUUACAGUGAAGAUGAUAGUGAUGGAGAAGACAUAAAUGAAAAAAGUUAAGCAGAGGUUACUGUUUUCUUGUCCUUUUUGUCUAUUUGUUUGUGUUUAUGUACAUGUAUUAAUAGAGCUCUUUUCAGCAUGUUUAUUAAAGAAUGCACAAUGGCCCCAGGAAGGAUAUGAAAAUAAUUUAUAUUAUGGAACUUUAAAAAUUUAUUAAUGCAUUCAUAUUAAAGUUUGUAUCAGUGUGUAAAGAAAGAAGAGCAUAUGAGAUGAUUCAAUAUUUCUGUACUAUUUUUUUUGAAAAUACAAGUAACAGUUUUAUAAAACAAAAUUAUCCCAUGUUUCUCCAGUUGUAGCAGAAGGUAGAGUCACAUCUUACAAACUUUGAACAUUUCAUUAUGUGGAUUCAAGUAUAUGUGCUCAGCAAAAAUGAGAACGUUCGAAAUGUUUAUAAUACAUGCCAUUUUGCUGUGUUUUCUCAGUUGUUUCUAUGUAUGUGCUCGGGGUAUAUAAGCAUUAGAUGCAAGCUGUGAAUCUUCUGUAUCCUCAGACUAGUCUCCGUUCCCAUUUACCUAUCGUAGUGUGUGCAUCUCAUCUUCCUAUGAUUCCAGUGUUUAAAGAUACGUACUUUUUAUACAAGAUGCCCUGUCAAAGCAAGUCACCAAAUUCAUUUGAUUUUGAACUGAAAAAGAAAAGAAAAAGCCAGCAGUCUGUUGUAUUGUUUGUAGAGAAACUUGUUUCUUGUUUUAUCAUUCUCCUUUAAAAACUUUCAGUAGCUCUGUCAGACUUACGGAAAUCGGUGUGUCAGUCUCACAGCCAGCUCACGCCUGACAGACUGGCAGCAAUAUUUUAACAUUGGCUGGCGUGUCGGUCCGGGAGGUGGGGUGGAGCUACUCUAGAUAUUGCAGAGGAGGAUUUAAUCUAGGUUUUUGGAUUACAAAAUAGGAUAGGAUGAAGGAGGAAAAGGGGGUAGGUUGAAUUGCCCAGAGAUCAGGAGCUGUGGGGAAGCUGCUGCAGCCCCCUGUGAGGCUUGCACUGAUCUGCCUCAUGGGAGUCCCUGGGUAGCAUAGACAGUGAAACACUUGACUCUUAGUUGAAAGGUUGGCGGUUUGAACCCACCCAGAGGAGCCUUGGGAGGCAGUCCUUGUGAUCUGCUUCCAAAAGUUCACAGCCUUAAAAAUCCUGUGGAGCAGUUCUACUCUGCACACACGGAGUCAUCAUGGGUCGGAAUUGACUCAACGGCAACUAACAGCAAUCAGCUCCACACUGCCUCCGGCUGAGCCCCACACUCUGGGUUGUCUGCUGGGUUGUCUGCUACUGUUGCUUCGACCAUUGCCACCACUAGCUUUGCAGGGCCCUGUGCUCCUCUGUCCCUUCACUGCCACAUGGCCACCUCAGGAACCUGUCAUAUCCGUGGAACACAGUGGCUCCUGCCUCCCUUCUGCCUUCUAGUCUGUCGUGAGUGCCUCCCACAGGCAGCCCCUUAGCAGAUCCCUGCUGGCAGGAGAAUCUGGGAAAUAAAGUUUUCAGUCAUCUCUCCCUGUCUCUGUAAAGGAGAGCAUAGAAAGGAAACCAUGGGUUAACUAUGCCCAGUACGUGACACCACUGUCUGUGCUAAGAUGCAACUUCAUUGUCUCCUGAGUGCUCUCUCUGGUGUCAUUUAUAUAACAGUUUAGGAUGUUACCUUAAUUAAUCUACAAAGCUAGGUAUUUUUCCAAACCUGCCAUUGUUGGAGAGGGAGGAAUACAGAGAAACAACAAGUUUAGGAGUCCUUGUUCAUCCCUGUAUCCCCAGCAUCUAUCAUAGUGCUCUGCAAAUAAUAGACAUUCAAUAAACAUUCACUAAAUAAAUGAACAUAUUUUUUUUCCAGCAAGCAGCAUCUCCCCUUAGUCACCUCCUUCUGCGUCUCAAAUAUACCAAGCUCCAUGCUGAUGGGAAUAUAAAUUAUAUAUUUCUUUUGGAGGACAAUCCAGUAAGAUACAUCAAAAAGCCUUGUGAAUGUACAUAUUCUGUGAUCCAGCAAUUUCACUUCUAGGCAUUUAUCCUAAGGGGAUGUCUUAGUUAUCUAGUGCUGCUAGAACAGAAAUACCACAGAUGGCUGGUUUUAGCAAACAGAAAUUUAUUUUCUCACAGUUUAGGAGGCUAGAAGUCCAAAUUCAGAGCACCAGCUCUAGGGGAAGGCUUUCUCUUUCGGCUCUGGGGGAAGGUCCUUGUCUCUUGUCAGCCUCUAUUCCGUGUGAUCUUCCUGUAGCUUGGCAUCUAUCUUCCCCCAUCUCUGCUUGCUUAAUCUACUCCUUUUAUAUCUCAAAAGAGAUUGACUCAUGAUACAUCCUACACUAAUACUGUCUCAUUAACAUAACAAAGAAACCCAUUCCCAAAUGGGAGUAUAACUUUAGGGGUUAGGAUUUACGACAUAUAUUUUUGGGGGACACAAGUCAAUCCAUAGCAGGGGAUAAUAGAACUAGUAUAUAAAAAUGGCACAUUUAUAAUAGAGAAAAAAUAGAAAAAUAUACGUGUUCCUUAAUAGAAAAUUUGUUAAAUUAUGGUAUACUACUAGAAUGGAAGAUUAUGUAGUAAUUUAAAAUGAUAAUGGUAGAUUUGAUUGACAUAAAAGGAGGUUAACAAUAUUAUCAACAAAAUAUUUCAGAAGAGUAUAUUGUCUCAAUUUUGUAAAGUAAAAAGUAAAGGAAAUUGAAUGUAUAUAUAGAUGUAGUAAAAUGUAUGGGAGGAAAUAAACCCAAAAUGUCGACAGUGGUUCUCUCUGGGCAAUGGAGUUGUGAGUUUAUAGGUUAGGACUCUGAAUUGCAGUUGCCAGAAAAUCAGACUCAAAUAGACUUAGGGGGUUAUCUGGGUUCUCAAAACUGAAAGUCCAAAGGUAGCACUAGUUUUAAUUAAGGAUUGAGCCAUCUACUCAGUGUCACCAAAGACCUGGUUUCUUGGUUAUUCUUUGCUAUCCCUUCUGCAGAGCCCGCUUACCUUCAGUCCACACAAGGUAACUCUUUGCCGCCACUGCCCGCCCCCCCCCCAGGGCACACCCUCAUAUAGCCACAUGUUUUUAGUAGUUCUGUUCCCUGUAGGGGAAAAAAGAGGGUCUUUUCUGAUAGCUCCUGCUUAAUCCUAGGUUUUGCUCUUAGUGCCCACAUUAGAUCUGAUACCCAACUCUGAAUCAUCCCUGUAGCCAAGGGGAUAGGAUUGGGUUCAACCAAUCUGGGCUCAUCUCUGGAGCUGGGAUUUGGCUCCCCAUCCCUUGAAUGGCUGAGAGGGUAAAUACCCAGUGGAAAGUCCAGGUACCAUUAGCAGAAGAAGUGAUGAAUGGACUCUUGGGAAGCAACCAGCAAAUGUGCAUUACAGUGGGUAAUUAUUUGUGCUAUAAAUUUUAUCCAAUAAACUUGUAUACUUUGUAAAAGUUUUGUUUUUGUAACUUUUUCUCACCUAAUCUCCCAUGUCCUUCCUUUAAAAAAAAACCAGAAGCAUGCAAUGUAAAUCUUACCUUUGCCAAACACCUUUUUUACAUAUAAAAAAAUCCAUAAAUUUGGAAGAAGGGCAGGGUAGAGUGUAAACAUCAAAUGCAUCCAGGAAAAGAUUAGGUUGUAAGGGGAAGUUGUGAAUUUUGUUGGGAUGUGUAGACUUUAAGGUACUGAUGGGGCACAUUUGAGGAGAGCCCCAGUCUAUGGUGUGAAAAGAAUGGACAAAAGAUAAGAGCUAUGCUGGAGAUACAGAGGUCUACGAAGGUGAUAGUUGAAGCCAUGAAAUAGAUGGCAUACUCAAUUUAGACAGAGAAAAUGGCAAAGGAAGAAACCUCAAGUAACAUCUGUACUUGAUGGGAAG